AAGCUAAGGGGUUAUUAAACUUAAACCCUUGCCUGUUGGAAAGGGUUGAGUCGUCGCUCAUCUUUAUUUCAACCUUCAACAAUGGCGAGAUCUGCUAGAACCACAGCUUCUCGCUUACUAUACACUCUCUUCUCAUCAUCUCAAUCUCAAUCCCAUGCAUCUGGAUCUCCAUUCUUCCUAAAUCGCCGUUUUCGACUUUUCUCUGCUGGUAGUGCCGCCCGUGUUAAAGAUGAUAAAGCUUCUAUGUGGCAGGAAUCACUAUCGAAAGUUCGAAACAUCGGAAUAUCUGCACAUAUUGAUUCUGGAAAGACUACGUUGACGGAGAGGAUUCUUUAUUAUACUGGACGAAUUCAUGAGAUCCAUGAAGUUAGAGGUCGAGAUGGUGUUGGUGCGAAGAUGGAUUCUAUGGAUUUGGAGAGAGAAAAGGGGAUUACUAUUCAGUCUGCUGCCACUUAUUGCAAUUGGAAAGGUUACCAGGUCAACAUCAUUGACACUCCAGGUCAUGUCGAUUUCACCAUUGAAGUAGAGCGCGCCUUGCGUGUCCUAGAUGGUGCUAUUCUCGUCCUUUGCAGUGUUGGUGGGGUUCAAAGUCAAUCAAUAACUGUUGAUCGGCAAAUGAGAAGGUACGAAGUUCCUAGAGUUGCAUUUAUCAACAAGUUAGACCGAAUGGGAGCUGAUCCAUGGAAAGUCCUUAACCAGGCCAGGUCAAAGCUACGGCAUCACAGUGCUGCAGUACAAGUACCUAUUGGGCUAGAAGAAGAAUUCCAAGGUCUUGUGGACCUGGUGCAAAUGAAAGCUUAUUUUUUUCAUGGAUCAAAUGGAGAACAAAUUGUCAGUGCUGAAGUUCCUGCAGAUAUGGAAGCUUUAGUGGCAGAAAAGCGCCGUGAGCUAAUAGAGACAGUUUCUGAGGUUGAUGAUCAACUGGCUGAGUUGUUUCUAGCUGAUGAACCAAUAUCUUCCUCUGUUCUUGAGGAAGCAAUACGCAGGGCUACUGUUGCACGAAAAUUUGUUCCUGUAUUUAUGGGUAGUGCUUUUAAGAACAAGGGUGUUCAGCCACUUCUUGAUGGAGUUCUGGAUUAUUUGCCUUGUCCAACUGAAGUCAGCAAUUAUGCUUUGGAUCAAAACAACAAUGAAGAAAAGGUAUUGAUAUCUGGGUCUCCAACAGGACCUCUUGUAGCACUGGCAUUUAAAUUGGAAGAAGGACGAUUUGGCCAAUUGACGUAUUUGAGAAUAUAUGAGGGUGUCAUUAAGAAAGGGGAAUUUAUUCAUAAUAUCAAUACUGGCAAGAAACUUAAGGUUCCUCGCCUUGUACGGAUGCAUUCUAAUGAGAUGGAGGACAUUCAAGAGGCACAUGCUGGACAAAUUGUUGCUGUCUUUGGAGUUGAUUGUGCUACAGGUGACACUUUCACUGAUGGAACAGUCAAGUACACCAUGACUUCUAUGAAUGUUCCUGAGCCUGUAAUGUCAUUGGCUGUUUCACCGGUGUCCAAGGACUCUGGUGGGCAAUUUUCAAAAGCAUUGAACCGUUUUCAAAAAGAAGAUCCGACGUUUCGUGUUGGAUUGGAUCCAGAAAGUGGGCAGACGAUUAUUUCUGGAAUGGGAGAACUACAUUUAGCAAUUUAUGUUGAGCGCAUUAAAAGAGAAUAUAAGGUUGAAGCACAAACUGGAAAGCCUCGUGUUAAUUUCAGGGAGGCUAUUACUCAACGUGCUGCAUUCGAUUAUUUGCAUAAGAAGCAAAGCGGAGGUCAGGGGCAAUACGGAAGAGUGUGUGGUUAUAUCGAACCACUUCCCCGGGGAUCAGCCAAUAAGUUUGAAUUUGAAAACAUGAUUGUAGGACAAGCUAUUCCUUCGAACUUCAUACCAGCAAUUGAGAAAGGAUUUAGAGAAGCAGCAAACUCGGGUUCCCUUAUCGGUCAUCCGGUGGAGUAUAUUCGUUUUUGUUUAACAGAUGGUGCAUCACACGCUGUCGAUUCUAGUGAACUAGCAUUCAAGUUGGCUUCUAUAUAUGCCUUUAGACAGUGUUAUACCAAAGCAAAGCCUGUGGUAUUAGAACCAAUAAUGCUUGUGGAGGUCAAAGUGCCAACAGAGUUUCAGGGUUCUGUAACCGGUGAUAUCAACAAGAGAAAGGGUGUGAUUAUUGGAAACGACCAGGAUGGUGAUGAUUCUGUCAUUGUUGCACAUAUUCCUCUGAACAAGAUGUUCGGAUAUUCUACAGACUUACGAUCAAUGACACAGGGAAAAGGUGAAUUCACAAUGGAAUAUAAGGAUCAUUCUCCGGUUCCUCGAGAUGUGCAGACAGAAUUGAUGAAUGAAUACAUAGCCAAAAAAGGGUCAGAACAGUGACAUCUAUUCUACCAAAUGAAACCUCCACGACGCUCUUCCUCAUUCAAGAUCAUAAACAAACAUUUAUAUUAAAAUUUUUGAAACCGGAAUAUUUGCAGAUUGGAGAAAUCCAGUUCAUUUUUCUAAACGAUUAGAUGAAAUCUUUUGUAUAGUCAUAUGGUUUAACUUUAGAAUUAUUAAUUUAUAGUUGAAGUUGUAUUUGCAAGUUCUAUAUUCAAUAUUAAUCCAGAUAAGGAGCCCGAAAAGUAGGGAAGAGCUGCUGAGUUGGUGACUUCAGCUUGAAAAUUUUGAGUUUUUUUUAAACGCUUUGAAUUGAAUUUGAGGAAUUUCAAAUAAUUGUGCUAUUAGAUGAUGGGCUGGCUCAAAUAGAAAUAAUCUUUUACAGAGACUGUCUUUCAUAAGAAUUUGUGAUUUUGUUUUUUUUGUUCUAUUUCAUUUUCAGACUUGUAAAUGACACUUGUAAUGCCUCAUUUUUUAUUUCUUCAAAACAGAUAUAUUUUGAGUAUUGAUUAUUAACAUAUCAAAA